AUGGCUGAAGUAGUUAUUCGGGAAAAGCACCGAUUUGGGCUAAGUGACAAUAUCAUUGGUAUAUCUUUUCAUACUACAUCGUCUAAUACAGGACUGAUCCAAGGGGCAUGUACCAGAAUUGAAAGGGAAUUAGGACAAACAUUGUUGUGUUUGACGAGUGUUGUAACAUACCAUCAAGUGGUCCUGAAAUCCAGAUCUUUCGAAAGUUCCAUAAAUAUGUGGGCUUCACUGGAUAAAAAGUCAUAUACGACAAAGCUGGAUAAGAUACGUCCCGUUCAAGGCUUUAUAGAAGAACAACGAGUGAAAAUGAUUAACUACUUACAAAAUGUCCUAAAAGAUGGAAGUCAUCCAAGAGAAGACUACAAAGAGCUAUUACAACUAUCACUUUUGUACCUAGGAGGUUGGUCUCAAGACGAAUUCAGUUUCAGGAUCCCAGGAGAUCUGCAUCAAGCAAGGUGGAUGGAAAAAGCAAUUUUUGCACUAAAAAUUGUUCUCUUCGCUAAACAGUAA